GUAGUCCUUUCAAUUUUUAUAACAGACUAUCAGAAGCAAGUGUUUCUGUUGUACAAUUUAUUUUACCUCUAUUUAAACAGUUAGUUACAGAAGAUAAGUAUAACGGAGUAUUACCCUUCAUUUCGCCUCGUUAAAUACUGAAAGUCUAUAAUUAUUGAGGCCAUUUGCAAGAAGGUAUCAUGUCUGCACCGCCUCCUCACACAGACCGGGAAUUAGAUUUGAGUAAUGCAGGACGAGGAGUAUGGUUGGUUAAGGUUCCUAAAUAUAUUGCGAACAAGUGGGAAAAGGCUUCCGGAGAUAUCGAAGUUGGCAAGCUGAAAAUCACAAAAAAUCCAGGGGCCAAAGCAGAAGUUUCUCUAAGACUUUCGGAAGCUGUUUUAGCUCUGAAGGAACGAGAGGAAGAGGAAAUUCCAAAGGCACACAGGCUGGAUGUAACUACUGUCACUCGUCAAAUGCUGGGUGUAUUUUCUCAUGUCACACCUGCUAGCACUUCGGAUGCUAUUGUUCCAGAGACUGAAAAACUUUACAUGGAGGGUAGAAUAGUGCAGAAACUUGAAUGCCGCCCUUACGCUGACAACUGCUACAUGAAGCUUAAGUUGGAAAGCAUAAAACGAGCAUCGGUGCCUCAGAGGCAAGUUCAACAAUUGGAUAGGGUUGUACAGAAUUUCAAACCUGUAUCUGAUCACAAACACAACAUCGAAUAUGCCGAAAAGAAGAAGGCUGAAGGCAAGAAGAUGAGAGAUGACAAAGACGCGGUAUUAGAGAUGCUAUUUGCAGCAUUUGAGAAACAUCAGUACUACAAUAUUCGAGACCUUGCCAAAAUCACCAAGCAGCCUAUCGUUUACUUGAAAGAAAUUUUGAAUGAAGUGUGCAAUUACAACUUGAAGAACCCGCACAGAAAUAUGUGGGAAUUGAAACCUGAGUAUCGUCAUUACAAGGAUGAUCAGAAGCCAGCGGCAACUGCCACAAAAGUUGAUGACUCAGACGAUGAUUAGUACUUUGUUUUAUAUACUUUUUUAGAAUGUUUGGACGAUUUGCUGCCUGUGAUUUGCUAGUUCAGAUCUUGAUUUACUGAGUUCACUGAUUACAAUCGAUCAACUCAUAGAUCGAUGCAAUUUCUUAAAUGGAAAUUUAUUUCAUUCGUAAAGGCAUUCCAGGAAUAGCUUCGGUGAAUUUAAGCAGAGUUUGUGAGAUAGUAAAGUGAUAAAUCGCGUCCCCAUGGAAUAAUUCUUCUAUAUCGACGCCAGGCAAAGAGAGAAAAUAAAAGACUUUCUCUUGUCAUAGGAUCCAAAUAAUGGGGAAAUUUGCGGAAAUCCGCAUUGGAUGAUUUGUAAAUAGUGAUAUAUUGUAUUUAUUUUUACAUCAAUCGUUUAGAUGCGAAGAGAGAAGUUGAAGAAGCAAAGACUUUAUCUCAGAUGUAGAUUUGUUCAUAUUGUUACUCGACAUAAGUUUCAUACGGAAAUAUUAAAGAGAAUCUACAAAUAUAAUGAUGCGUAGGAGUAAAAAAUAUAUCAAAACAUAAUGAAACGGUAAUGCACUU